UCUUCUCUUCUUCCGUACUUUUCCCUGCAUUUCACACCCCUGGUAUGACUCCACACCGCGUGUAAAUGUCCCUUAGGUGACACCCGCAGCAGCGCGUAGGAGGAAGUAGAUGUCAGUGUAGACGUUUUUGAGAUGAGAGACGAUAACGUAAAAUGCCGCCGAUAACUUCUGCAUUAUACACACUCUCUCUCCACGCCUAGGAUGACAGGUACGGCGGCACACGGAGGAAAGUGGGGGGGGGGGGGGGGGCGAACAGAAAGGUCACAUGGAAGGCCGCUCGACUCUCCACUCACGAAGUGAAGGCUUCGUCCCGUUUUGCUGGACAACGAAUGCGAACUUCUUCACUCGCUUGUGACACACACAACUCCAGAGGCACAGAGAUGUGAAGCAGAAGAGUGGCGUGUGCGUCGCUUCUGUCGGCGGCAAGCCCCGCUCCGUCUCUUUGGUGGCGAUUCUGGUGUGCACCGUGUGCCAAGAAGUUGCGUGUCACGCGACUUUUGGAAAUGCAUCAGGUUCAGAGUCGUUAUGUUGCGAUUCAGGCUCUCGGCAGAGAAUCAUUUCCCUGUAAGCUAGUUGAACUCGCCUUUUUAAAAGCGGCAGCAGUGCCCUUGUGGAAGGCCUCACUGUGCCUACUUUCCUCGUCCUGAGUUUUUCCGCCUUCGGCCUCAUUUUUUGCUCACCAAAAUCGUGUCCUACCGUCAAGUUUUGCCAUAGACUCCUACGGGAAAAAACAAGCCGGUCGACACGGACGACGCCCGCAGGGAAGCGUCCCCUCCGCAGAAAUCGGGAGACAACUGUCGUUGACGGUGCUGCGCGAAAGGUCACAGAGUUUCCAGUGUGUUCAUCAGACCUCACUGUGCACUGUUAGCGGCCGCUGUCCCGCCUGGUCAACAAGUAUCACACCCUCGUCCCCGCCAUUGGCACGGAGCUCGAUGAGCUGCAGUGUCGCUUUUAGGGGAGUCGUGCAAUCACGCCGCAACACAGGCGUGAUUCGAUCUUCAAUUGCUAGGUAACCACUCGUGCUUGGUAGCUCUGCAAUGGCUCGAGCGACGGGGGUGAUGCAACAUGCUGCUAAAAACUCGACAGACGUGUCACCGGAACCCACCUAAAUAGGAGACCACGGGUCUCUGGUGUGUCGCGUCGCAUUCUCGCGUCGCAUUCUCGCGUCGCAAUGACCGGCCAGUUGCUCGACGUCGCCAGCCGGGACUGAAGAGCGUUCAUCGAGUCAGCAGCAUUGCGUCCCCUUGCUCGGUGAAAAAAGACUCUCUGGUCGAGUCUAGCUCGUGUCACUUCUGUUUCUAACCUCCUUCGUUCACCGGUACACCUCCGAUGUGACUUUUGGUACACUUGCCCUGUCGCACGACGCACGCUGUCACUCAACUUGCUGCUAGCGCAAUCGAUAGGUUCCCUCGAACCAGCCAUCACACACACACCUUUUCCGGGAAGACGUUUGCGGGCGGUGGGUCGCAGCUCGUCGAGAGUGCGUUUCUGUGCAUUUCUGUGGGCAGUGCAGCGCGUUUGCGCGCCUUACUCUGUGUGUAACUUCCUUGUCCAACACUGGUAAAAAUGCGAGGCGGGACGUCCGCGCUGUUGCACGCGCUCACCUUCAGUGGGGCCGUGUGGAUGUGCACCCCAGCGGAGGCUUUGCCGAUUCAGAAGUCUGUGCAGCUGGGCAGCUUUGACAAAGUUGUGCCGAGCCGCGAAGUCGUCUCUGAGAGUCUUGCUCCGUCUUUCGCGGUGACUGAGACUCACUCGUCUGUGCAAUCCCCCAGCAAGCAGGAGACGCAACUCUGUGCUAUCUCGAGUGAAGGCAAGCCAUGUCGAAACCGUCAGUUGCACACUGACAACGGGUACUUCAUCGGGGCCAGUUGCCCCAAGAGCGCUUGCUGCAGCAAGACCAUGUGCGGCCCCGGCGGCUGCGGAGAAUUCUGCUCCAGCAACUGGAUUUUUUGCAGCAGUUCGCUCAUCUACCAUCCUGACAAAAGCUAUGGAGGAGACUGCAGCUGUGAAAAGCAGGGCCAUCGGUGCGACAAAAACGCAGAAUGCGUCGAAAACUUGGACGCGGGUGGGGGUGUGCACUGCAAGUGCAAAGACGGCUUCGUCGGCACUGGGUUGACUUGCUCCGAGGAUCCUUGUUCAAAAAGAGGGAACGCGAAGUGCGGACCCAACGGGACGUGCAUCGUCGUCGAUUCAGUCAGCUACACAUGCACCUGCGGCGACGGCGAAACUCUAGUGAACCUCCCGGAAGGGGGACAAGGAUGCAAGAGGACUGGAUGUCAUGCCUUCAGGGAGAACUGCAGCCCUGGUAGAUGUAUUGAUGACGCCUCGCAUGAGAAUGGCUACACCUGCGAGUGCCCCACAGGGUACUCACGUGAGGUGACUUCCAAGGCGGAGGAGUCGUGUGUGGAAGGAGUCGAAGUCACGCUGGCUGAGAAAUGCGAGAAGGAAUUCGGCAUCAGCGCGUCAUCCUGCAAAUGCGAUAACGGAUACUCCGGAUCUGCUUCCGCAACCUCCCACCAUGGGAAAGGAGAAUCGGGAUCCGAGGGGAGCUUGAGUGAAAAAAUGAAUAUUGUCUUCAAGUGCCCCAGUGGCUACCAUCCAAGAUACCAUGCCCACACCGUGACGUGUGAGAAAAUUAAGCACUUUGCCCUUGACGGGGCCGGCAACCACGACACGACUACGUAUGUCGCAAGACGAAGGUACCCAGCGAGUCUCUGAGAGCGGAGAUCAGCGCAAAGACAAGAUGCAGAGUUUGACUCGAGAAACAAUAGUAACACGAAGUAAAAAGUCUCCACACUAAGCCAAGGAUUGAGAAUAUUUCGAUUUGUGCCGCUGGCAAUAGUGGCCUUGGCCUAGAAAGAAGUUCUGCAACGAAGCGAUCGGCUCACACGCGGAUACACAGAUGGGUUUGUACCGAGAACGUUAGGUUUGUGAACCGAGUUCAGGUAAAACAAAGUAGAUUGUGCCUUUACGCAGACAGCGAGGGAAAACAUGAGGACACACUGCCAACUAAAGCAAGACUGCCUCACUAAUUACCACCGACACACGACAUGGUUACCCCCGCGUUUUGCCGCGUGCAAAGUUUGAAUUCUGAUGGUUCUCGAGUCUGAAAGCCUAAACCGCCCAACCAUGUAUGAAAUAAGAACCCAUCAAACGUGAGACAUCUCUGCCGAAGUGCCUACGAAAAGAACGCUUCUGCCACUAGGAGGUGCGGCCUCUUCAUUCUAUGAGAACCUGCUUUGUCGGUGUCAACCUCUGGGGAAAUCGCCUGCCUUUACACAUUUUGCUCGUUGUAGAGCAAGGGAUCUGUUGCUGCGUUUACUCCAAUACAAUGAUCGCCGUUUCGCUGUAGGCAAGCGAUCCGAAAAUGUACGUUCGAGUCAGCAGCUACUUGAGAAGCAGCCAACGCCGACACUUGCUGCGUUUGACUGAGGUGCACUCGCAAACAGUCUCGUCUCCCCGGGGCAAUUUCUGAGAGAAAUGCGGGAAUGGACGUAAUGGUGCUCUUCUGUGAGUGCUCUUCCACCAAUUUUUCGACAAGUGUUUUCGUGACAGUCGAGUAUACCUUCUUAUGUCAUUCUGUCUCCGUCAGUGCUAUCGGAUUCUUCCUAUUCCUCUACCCUUUCUACAGUCGCAUACAAAGCUGCUGAAACAAGACUUCCUUUGUCUAGGGUAGUUGUACACUCCACACAUAUCUGACUGAAACCUACGGCAGGAAGUCUGGUCGGCACUGUGCUUCCUUGUUGGCUUUUCGUCGUUUCUUUGUCUACGAGCUUCACUGGGUCCUUGACACGGCUUGUGAGCGUUGUGCUCAAUAUUCGACCAGCUGUAUUUGUG